AUCUAAGCGCGCGGGCCCCGCCUUGUGCCUUCUGUGUUUGUCCUGCCAGCCGGCGCCGCCCGCGUCGCGCGCCCAGGACUUUGCGGCCUGUCUGGGUUGGCCGCGCCGGCCAUUCGCACGGUUUCCGGGGGCAGCCGGUGCGCCCCCAUUGGUUAGAUUCGGCCGCCGGCGCUGUUGUCCCUUGCGCCGCGAUUCAUUAAGCC